CAGGUCAGAAGUUGGGGGAUAUCAAGACCUCUUCUCUUCUUUCUUUUUUCUUUGUCAACAAAGAAAACCUUUCCAUUGAUUCUCUCUCAAUGUUCUUCUUCUAAGAUUGAUUCAAAGUGUUUCAUAUUUUUGAAAUUUUAAUUAUCGAAAUUCAAUUUUCUUUUUGGUCAGUUUCAAAUGGGUGACAUCAUCGGUCACAAGGAUAGGCAAAUAUGGUCACCCUCUCAUGUUCUUCAAGAUCCAUUGUUUGAUCAUUCCAACAAACAUCAGUUGCAGAAAUAUGUCAAGAACCACCACCACCAUGGCAGCGGUGAAUUCCGUCGGCCCGGUGCACCUCCUCUCAGGCAAACUUUUCCUUUGAACUAUAAUACAAGAAAAAAGCACCAAAGCAAUUGGCAAAGGAGUAAAGGAGAUCAGGACCGUAUGCAAGCAUUUUUCUUGGUGUCGCCAGGCCGUACAACUUCUGGCACCGGAGUUUUUCUUCCGGCCACCGCCUCUCAUCCGCCCACCAAAAAACCAGCUUGCUCGCCGGUGCUUCUCCCGACGCGUGUAGUUCAAGCACUCAAUCUUAACAUUCACAACAACGGUAUCCAUAUUUCUCCUCGUCCAGAAAUUCGAGAAAACGAUUCGAAGAAGAAGAACGAAAUGUUGGCAACACCUAUGAACAUUGAAGUAGAAAAUCUGAUUGAUUCGCCGGAGAAACUUCUCCCCGAGGAAUGGAUCUAUUGAUGCCCCGACCCGACUGUUGGUGCCAUUGACCAACAUAACUCAUUAAAUGUGGAAAAGUAGAAUCAAAUAAAAUAAAAUGAAAGAUUAUUUUGUGUUGUAUGCUUGGUUACCAUUGGAUUAGUAAUAAAAUCCAAAUAAGAUCAACCCGUUUGAGAGACUGUGUAUAUUCAUAAUGUAAUAUCCAUAUUUUCAGUUUUCAAUUUGCAUAA